AUGCCCCAUAAGUGCUGUGUACCAGGUUGCAGAUCCAACUACCGAGGCCAGAAGUACGUUUCCGUGUUCACAUUCCCUUCAGAUGCAGAUUUAAAGGAGAAAUGGUUAGAGUUGAUUGGACGAAGAGAUUAUGUUGUCAGUAAAAAUUCAGUUGUCUGUGCCAGACAUUUUCAGCCACAUUUUAUAGUAACUGUCGACUCUGUAAGACGGGAUGAUGGGACACUACUCUGUGUGCCACGAACAAAACCAAAGCUGCAGAAUGAUGCUUUGCCAACGAUAUUUCCACAUAGUCUGUCAUCAUCCGCAAAGCUUCCGAAAAAGAGGAAAGCAGCAAAAAAUAAUAAUGAUAAUGAAGGUACAAAUGGCCUUGAGAUUUCACAGCAGAAAUGUCUUAUUAAAGACAGUGUCGCAUCAUUUCAUGCUCUAUGUAAAGAGAUUAAAGGCCAUAUUCAUCAGCUGCAGAGGAAAUCCAGUCUGGCAGUGACAUCCAUGGAGGAAAACACUGACACAUGCCAGUUUCCUGUACGGGGAGGUGUGGCAGAAGCAGAAUAUGUGGCACAGAAGUUAGAGUUUCUGGAGCAGCAGAGAAAGUACAUGCAUCUCUUUACUGACCACUUCAUUGAUCAGAUGAUCAGAGAAGGCAGAUCUUGGGUGAGACAGUCAGUCGUAGACCGGCCAGGUUUCGCUGAGAUGUGCCAGAGUUUGGACAAAGCGGUGGAGUUUCUGUGUCUGAUGUGUGAGGAAUUGUCAGGUACAUGGGAAGUCACAGAUAAAAUGCUCACUCAUCCUGAACUGGGUCAUGCUUCCCUGGUGUUGCCUGGUAUAGCUCCAAAGAAAGCCUCCCUGUUAACUCUGGCUGCUGCAAACAUUUCCCGACGACAGGCCCUAACACUGUGCCAGGAAACAGGCAUGUAUUCGUGCCCACAUUGCUGCGUUGUGUUCAGCCACCAUGAUGGUCUGUGUAGUCACAUGGACAGAGCACACAGCCAGAGCACCAAGGGGGGUCGUGGUAGUGGAAGGAAUCAUCUUCAGACGGAGCAGGAAGGGACACAACCUGCCGCAAGUGGAGCCGUGAUCGAGAACAGAAAUCUGGCUCAAACAAAACAAAAAAGGGCACAGUUAGCAGAAGGAGACAUCGGAAAGGUGCGUCUGCUAACAAUGUCAAGGCUUUAG